AUGGCAACAAAAGCCUCUGAAAAAUGUGCCAAGCAGGUCUUGAACAUUCAGGUCUUUGAUCAGAUCCUGGAAAUGGACGAGGACCCGGUUCAGCGGGAAUUCAGCUCGGAGAUUGUCUUGUCGUUCUUUGAGGAAACGCAAAAGGUUUUGGCAUCUAUGGAAGAAGAAGUGGAGCAAGCAAACUUUCCAACCCUAGCCUGCUUGGGCGAACGUGUCAGGGGAUCCGCAGCGACUUUGGGCUUGGAAAAGGUCAGUGAAAGUGGAAGAAAAAUUCAUUGCUUUGGGUUCAGAAGAACUGAGGACGGAUCGUCUCAUGAGGGUGACGAUAGAUUGAGCCUCGGUCGGAUUCGCAGCGAGAUAGCCGUCAUGAGACAUGAGCUUGUACAGGCACGCAAAACUUUGAAUGAUGUGUAUGAGCUCAAAGGUAAUGGAAAGGAAGAUGAAAGUAAGGAUUGA